AUGAGAAAGUGGCGACUACAUCCGUCUUCGCGCCUACGCCACUCGAAUGCUAAGUCGACCGUCUACUUAGUACUGGAAAUUGCCAGGCGACGUGCGCUCUCGCCAAUCCGCUCCGUUCCGCGCGAACCAAAGUCAAAUCCAUUGUUCCAGGUCGCGCUCCGAGAGUGGAGCAAUUCGCCGGCUAGAAGACGCUCAACAAUGGCGCAUUAUCCUCAGCCGGCGUCGCUGGAGGCGGCGCUGCCUCUGCUCAGCAGGCCCGACCUGCGUCUGAGGCAACUGCUCGGCGAGCAGCUCGUCGCGCUUGUGCGCCGCGAGCCGGAGAUCACCGGCGACCUCGCCGCACAACUGAUAGACGCACUCAUCGCCUGGCUGAACGGCGGCAAUUUCAAGAUUGCGCAAAACGGCCUGGAGGUGCUGGCGGCACUGGCUGAGCGCUUGGGACCAGAAUUCUCGCACUUUGUGCCCACCGUGCUACCUCAUAUAAUAGAUAGGUUGGCUGACACGAAGGAGGGUGUCAGGGCGGCGGCAAGGGCGUGCGUCGCCGCCCUAGGGGAGAGCCGGGCGGCGGCGCCCCGCUCGCUACUGGCGCGUCUCACGCCCGCCCUGCAGCAUAAGGCCGCGCACACACGCGAGGAGGCCCUACGCUGCAUCGGCUCACUGCUGCACGCGCACGGCGCGGCCGAGUUGCAGCUGCGAGCCGCCGUGCCCGGCCUGGCGGCGCUGGUGGGCGACCCCAGCAGCGCAGUGCGUGAUGCCGCGAUGCAGCUGCUGGUCGACGUAUACCGUCACGUUGGCGAAAGACUGAGGCAGGACUUGAAGAAGAAAGAACUGGUGCCGGCGCAGAAGCUGGCGUUACUCGAGCAGAAGUUCGACGAAGCUAGAGAGGCGGGACUGCUGUUGCCCACUGCGACGCAGGGCUCCGACGAGACGGACGCGGCGGCGCGAGGGAGGCGCGCCCUGCCCGCCCCCGCGCCCCCGCCCCCGCGAAGGGACCCAGACUCGGGCGCCUCCACCCCCGCGUGCGAGCCAAAGCGAACUGUGGCCGGCCUGUACGGCCAACCGCCCGGCAGCAGGAAGCCCCCGCCGCCCGCCAAGCUGCCAAGCGCUGGCAGCGUGUCGGGCGGGGGAGCGGGCGGCGGCGAGGCGGGCGCGGUGUCGGGCGAGGCGUUCGAGGCGGCGUUCGCGGCCACGGCGCCCGCCGCCGUGUACGGCGCGCGCGGCCUCGACGACCUCUGCCGCCACGCGGCCGCGCUGCUCGGCGACCGCGCCGCCGACUGGGAGCGCCGCGUCGACGCGUUAAAAAAGAUCCGGUCACUCCUAACCGCGAACGCUCACGUCCAGUAUCCGACGGAGUUCGCGGCUCACCUCAAAGACUUCUCUGUGCCUUUUCUAGUCGUCAUCAAAGAUCUAAGGAGCCAGGUGGUUCGUGAAGCUUGCAUCACGAUUGCCCACAUGGCCAAAGUGCUGAAGAACAAACUGGAACAGUUCAGCCUGUACAUACUGCAGGAGCUCAUCAAUUUGAUACAGAAUGCUGCUAAGGUGGUGUCGUCGGCGGGAACGGUGUGCCUGCGCUACAUCGUGACGUACGUGCACUCGCCGCGGCUCAUCCCCGUCCUCACCACGAACCUCACCACCAACAAGUCGAAGGAGAUUCGCUCAUCGCUCAGCGAGCUGCUGGUGCUGGUGCUGGAGCGCUGGGCCAUCGGCACCGUUGAGAAGCAGCAGCAGGUGGUGAGGGACGCCAUCAGGCGGGCGUGCGCCGACGCCGACAGCACCGCCAGGAACUACGGCCGGAGGGCGUACUGGGCGUACAAGCGUCAGUUCCCCGAGGACGCGGAGCAGCUGUUCACCCGCCUGGACCCCGGCGCCCAGAAGCAGAUCGAGAGGGAGAGGGUCGGCAGCGUCGACAGCCUGCAGCACGUCGGCACCGGAACCAAUGGCCCCAAUGCUAAGUACUGGCAACACUCGGCGGUCUUCCCUGAGAGGAGAGCGAUAACCAGCCCGAGGAGUCCAUCGGCAAGUGUUUCGGCGUCGACGGAAAACCUGGUAUCCGGCGUGAGCAGGACCAACUCACUUAGACGAAGACGAGCCUCCCAAGAGAGGCCUCCGAUAUCGCACAUUCCCGUAGCAAUGAGAGGUCCCACCUCACUCACCCUCGCCCCUCGGCCCGCAGAGCGUUCGCCCAGCGCCGCGGCGGGCGCCACCGCGCGCAGCGUGUCGGCGCUGGACGCGGCGGCGGCGCAGCGGGCGCGCGCGCGCGCGAUCUACUCGCACAUGAGCCGCGCCAAGGUCACCGCCGGCACCGCCUCCCUGCCCCGCGCCAAGCGCUCGCCAGUGGGCGCGGCGGUGCCCCCCAGCCCUGAGCGCAGCGCCGCUCGCUCCCGCUCCCGGCCGGGCGUGUCUCAGUCCCAACCCACAUCCCGGUCGUCGUCGCCGUCCGCGCGCAGCGGGCCGCUGUCGCUGUCGACGCGGCGCCGCCCCUCGGGCAUCCCGCGCUCGCUGGCCGGCUCCAGGGAGACCAGCCCCACCAGAAGCGGCCGGUCGAGCAGCGCGCUGGGCGGCGCCAGGCGGCGCGAGUCGGCCGGCCGGGCGCCCGCCGCCACCCUCAGGCUGCUGCAGCAGUCCAGGGACGCGGAGGCCGCGCUGCGGAGCCCCGAAGACAGCUCCGCUUGCGACGACCGCCGACGCGACGACGACUCCGAAGCGUCCAGCGUUUGCUCCGAGAGGAGCCUCGACUCGUACAGAAGGCACGACAGCUCGUGGUCCCGCUGGGAGGGCUCCCCGCCGCCCCCUCCCCCGCCGCCGCCGCCCGACGACAUCAUCGCGCUCUGCGCCUGCAUUCACUGGACGGAGCGCAAGGACGGCCUCACGCAUCUGGCGAACUACCUGAACAGCGGGCGGCUCCUGAGCGAGGAGCAGCUGCGCCGCCUGACCGAGCUGCUGAACAAGAUGUUCGUGGACGCGCACACGAAGGUGUUCUCGCUGCUGCUGGACGCGGUGUGCGAGCUGCUGCUGGUGCACUGCCAGCAGCUCAAGGACUGGCUCUACCAGCUGAUGUUCAGACUGCUGAUGAAACUCGGAACAGACAUCCUGGGCUCCGUGCAGAGCAAAAUUAUGAAGACACUUGACGUUAUACACGAGUGCUUCCCCGCCGAGCUGCAGUUGCACAAUAUAUUUAGGUUCCUGGCGGACGGGGCGGCGGCGCCGACGGCCAAGAGCAAAGCGGCCGCGCUCCGAUUCCUGGCCGAUUUGGCGCACGACUAUUGCACGCACAACAGCCUCGCCGUUGCCCUGCACGGCGGCGCGAGCGGCGCCGCGGGGCGCGCGCUGUGCAAGGUGGCGGCGAUGGCGGCCGACCCGCGCGGCGGCGACGUGCGCACCAGCGCGCGCAGGGCCCUCGCCGCGCUCUACGACCGGAACCCGGUGCCCUUUACAUCGCUCAUGAGCGACCUGCCAGCGGAUACUCAAGCCCUGGUCAACAGUGUGGUCCAGCAGCAUGUCCGGAGAACCUCAAGUACCGGCAGCGAGAGUCCCCUGCGCGGCGCGGGCCCCUCCCCUGGCGCGGCGCCCGCCCACGAAGACGUCUACUCGCGCAUCCGAAAGACCACCUCCGAGAUACACUCCUACACGGCGCAGCACGCCAACGCGGAGUGCGGCAACCACAUGUCCAGCAAGGAUUCCGGCAUCAGCCAGAUGUCAGACGCUACCCUCUCCAAUCGAGCGCAAAACGGCGUCCCCAACGGUCAUUACAACGCCGGCGAGGCGAUGGCGCGCGCCGCGUCGGCGGACAGCUCCGAGGAGGCGGGCAGCACCAAGGAGUCCUCGCCCGUGCCCGGACACGCGCGCCUCGACUUCGCCCACGCGCACGGGGAGUACAACUCGAACAAUCGCGACAAGAUCAAACCUUACGAUACGGACGAGAACGGCUACAUAAUCACGAAGUGUGGCCUCCGCGAGCCAGAAGUGCUGGAGGCGCUGUGCCAGCUGGACGUGGCCAGCGCCCCUCCGGCGCAGUGGGAGCGCCUGCUGCUGGCCACGCACGAGCUGCUCAAGUACGGCGACUGCGCCAAGCCCGCGGAGUACUUCAAGAAUAUCGUUAGAGUAGCGCUCGCGGCUCUUUCGAUCGAAGACAAUUCUGGGGACAAGGAGAACUCGGAGAAUGCCAGCAACGCGCAGCAGUCGUCAGGCUGGGGCAGCGCGCAGGAGCGCGCGGCCGCCGAGGCGGUGAAGGUGCUGGUGUGGCUGUGCCGGCGCGAGGAGACGCGCGCGCAGUGGCUGGACUACUUCGACCUGAUCCUGCUGAAGCUGAUCAACGCGUACGCGCUCAGCAAGGAGGUGAUGCGCGCCGUGGACGCCGGCAUGCCGCACGUGGCGCGCGCCCUUCCAGCCGCCCAGGUGCUGGCGCUGCUGAGGCCGGUGGUGCGCACGCGCGGCUACCCCACCUCGCUGUGCGCGCUCAAGCUGGCCGCGGAGGUGGCCAAGGCGCGCAGCGACGAGCUCACCGACGACCUCGUCGCGCAGCUCAUGGAGGGCGUCGGCCAGCUGGCGGACCACCAGAACUCGGCGGUGCGGAAGGCGGCCGUGUUCUGCAUGGUGGCGUUCACCUUCGCCCUCGGCGAGGAGCGAAUGCAGCCGCACCUGAAGCACCUCUCCGUCAGCAAGUACCGUCUGCUGCAGGUGUACAUAAGCAAGCAGCGGGAGGAGGCGGCGCGCGGCGGGUCGGCCUCG